GAAAGACUGAAAAGUGCCAGAACUUCACGUUUUCAAGAUUGUCAUUAACAGACUGUGAGGGAUCAAUACAAUAAAUGCACAAUGACUGCCACAUGUUGGAUGCACUUGAUGCUGUUCUGUCUGUCUUGGCAUUAUGGGAUCCAGCCUGCUGCAUGUAAACCUGAAUGGAUGUUACCACGAUUCCCUUGUGACGUCUCAGCCGCCAAUACCUCUAUGGUCAUAUUUGACUGUAAAGGGCGCCAUCUGUAUAAAGUACCUUAUGGAAUAACAAGUAAUGCAACUGAGCUCGACUUAUCAAACAAUUACAUUAAGAAUAUUUCGACAGAUUCAUUUUCUAAUUUGUUGAAUCUGACUAAACUCAAUCUCAGCUGGGCAAACAGUAAAAAACCAUUGAUCAUUGCUGAAAAUGCUUUCAAAAAUUUGACAAACCUGAAGGAACUAAGACUGCCUGGCAACGGUCUGGGUGAAAUUCCCAGCAACCUCCCUCUCAGUGUGGAAAUCUUUGAGUUCAGCAAUAACAAGAUUAUAUGGUUGGAUAACACAAGCCUUGCUGGUUUAACAAACGUGACACACCUGUAUUUUUCCAAAAACUGCUACACGUUGGAUCCUUGUGACCAAUCUGUUACUAUCAUGGAGGGCAGCUUUGCCGUUAUGACCAAACUAGAGGCUCUGGACUUAUCCUAUAACAACUUAACCCAUGUUCCCAAGGGAUUACCUCAGUCCUUAAGAACAUUAAAGCUAGGCUCUAACAAAAUAGAGUGCAUAUCUGAAGAUGAUUUCCUUGGGCUACAUAAUUUAAAAAUCCUAAAACUACAAGGGAACUGUCCGAGAUGUGAAAACGCUCCAUAUCCCUGUGUUCCUUGCCAAAAUGGUUUUCUUCACAUCCAUCCUAAUGCCUUUGACAAUGUAGCACAGCUUACGGUGCUGCACCUGGGAGGAAACUCACUGACACACCUGAACUCCUCCUGGUUUACAAAGCUGAGCAAGCUUAGAGAAUUGUUCCUGUCCUUUAACUUCUUAAUAACAGCGAUUACCAAGGAAGCAACAUUUCUAGCUUAUCUUCCAAAGCUUAAAAAACUUGAUCUCUCUUUCAACUUUGCUUUGAAGUCAUACCCUACAACAUUAAAUCUUUCACAAGAGUUUUCCAAACUUGUGUCACUAAGAACUUUGCAUUUGCAGGGUUUGGUCUUCCAGAAUAUUGGACCAGGCACACUCAGUCCUUUGUACGAGCUCAAAAAUCUGUCUGCAUUGAACUUAGGAACUAAUUUCAUUAUUCAUUCUGAUUCCACCAUAUUCAGCCAUUUCUCCCACCUGAAAAUGAUAUACCUUGGAGAAAACAGGCUGUAUCCCACUCCGGUGAAAAGUCCACCAUUUAUGAGUGACAACUCCAAUCAGCGGUCAGACAUGUCUAUUUCACCAUUUGUUGUAUCCUAUCCCAAAGACUUUUCAUUUGAGAUAUCACACAGCCUUAUCAAGCAAGAGUGUUUUGACUCUGGACGAGUGCUAAUUCUCAGCUCAAAUAAUUUGUUCUUUAUUUCUCCAAAGCAAUUUGAUGGCUAUGGAAAUAUUGCAUGUCUUAACCUCUCAGGAAAUGGGUUUUCAGCAGCACUUAAUGGUACAGAGUUCUCCUCGCUGCCUAAUCUGACAUACCUGGACCUGUCAUUCAAUAAGAUUGAUCUGGUCUAUGACAACGCCUUCAAUGAACUGAAGAAACUACAAGUACUAGACCUCAGUUAUAACUCUCAUUACUUCAAAGCAUACGGAAUAACACAUAAUUUAAAUUUUACAAAAAAUCUGCCUGCUCUGAGAGUACUGAAUAUGAGUCAUAAUGACAUUGACACUUUAACAUCGAAACAGAUACACAGCCAAUCAUUAACAGAACUUCAGUUUACAAAUAAUUACCUUGGUACUCUUUGGAAAAAAAGGGAUGGCUCAUACAAGAUGCUAUUUACUAAUCUUACUAACUUGACAAUUUUAGAUAUAACCCACAACAGCAUUACAAAGAUUCCUGAUGAUGUUUAUGAAUAUUUGCCACGUAACCUUACCUUACUGCGCAUAAGCCAUAACUUACUCACUGAGUUUAAAUGGGACAAACUGAAGCUUUUCCAUCAUCUUCAAAUUUUAGACCUGAGUUCCAAUGAUCUAUCUGAUGUGACAGGUAUAAACUCAAACAUCAGUCAUACUUUGACUUUCCUUGACCUGAGUCAUAACAACAUUGUCCACCUGGACAAAGAAUUGAUAGAGGAAUGUCCAAAAAGCCUUAAGACUCUUAAUCUUAGCUACAACAAACUGACCAUCAUCAGUCAACCCACCUUACAAUCAAACCCUAAUAAUCACAUUCAGACUUUGUUCUUGCAGAGAAACCCAUUUCACUGUACCUGUGAUUCAUUAAAUUUCAUUCUGUGGAUUGAAAAUGGUGAUGUAAAGAUCCCAAAACUUACCUCAGACGUGACAUGUGAGACGCCAGUAAACCAGAAGGGUCACAAGCUGAUAGACUUUGACAUUAAUCAGUGUGUUAAUGACAUUCAGGCAUUCCAGCUCUAUGUUCUCUCAACUUCCUUCACUAUUGCUUUUAUGUUUGUAGCAACCGUUGCUCAUUUGUUUUACUGGGAUGUUUCCUAUGUGAUACAUUAUCUAAAAGCUAAGCUGAAGGGAUACAGUUCCUUGAACUCAUCAGGCAGUAUAUAUGAUGUCUUUGUGACUUAUGACACCAGUGAUUCACAUGUCUCUGAGUGGGUGAUGAGAAAUCUGCGAGUGAAACUGGAAGAGGAAGGAGACAAGCAUCUUCCUCUGUGUCUGGAGGAGAGGGACUGGCCCCCGGGAGUCCCGCUGGUAGAUAACCUCACUCAAAGCAUCCAAUACAGUCGCAAGACUCUGUUUGUCCUAACAGAGGGCUACGUUAAGACUGGGACUUUCAAGAUGGCAAUGUAUCUGGCUCAUCAAAGACUGCUGGAUGAAAAUGUGGACGUGAUUGUGCUGCUGAUGCUGGAGCCUGUCCUGCAGCACUCUCACUUCCUGAGGCUGAGGAGAAGGCUGUGUGAGGAAAGUGUCAUAGAGUGGCCGAGAACAGCAGCCGCAGAGCCCUGGUUUUGGCAAAGCCUGAGGAAUGUCAUGAGGGUAGACAAUCAGGUGAUAUACAACAAGACUUACUCCAAGUACUUCACGAACAAGUGAAGCAGGAUGAAGAAUGGGAAUUAUUUAUAACUUCAAACUGUGGACAAUAUUAUCUGGAGCUUGUUUUGAAUCCAUUGUUCUAUAGCAAUGCUGGUUUGGACUUUUGCACAUUUUAUCACUCAAUCUGGGACUUAACACAAGACAAUUAAAGACCUGAUUUCAUCAUCUUCGCUGGCAGAGUUACUCUGAUAUCGAAUCUCUUGCAAAUGUCUCUUGUAGAUAUGUGCAGAUAUUAUGGCACAGACUAUAAGUAAAUUAAUCCAUUUUCAAAACAGUGCCAUUUUGUAAAUGUUUCUAUCUAUCAGCUGCUCUACAUUUAACCAAGAAAAUAUAUUUAACAUCAUAUGUUCAACCUACAAGAGCAAGACUUACAUUAGGCUACACAAGAACACA